CACACACGCGCACACACUGCCCCGCUCGCUCCGAGAUCCCCGGCCACGUAAGUAACUAUUAAUACCGCCUCGCCGAGAGAUGCGGGCGUGCUGAGCUCGGGGAUUGGCCUCGGGCACCGUCGGCCGUCCCCUUCAAUUUUAAGUACACAUUCCUCUUACCUCCGGUUGGGGGAAGAACAAAAUAAAGAAGAAGAAAAGCCGUCAAUUUUCUCCAAAACAAACCCCGCCAGGCAAUUUGGGUUGAGGGUAGGGGGAGACGGAGUGGUUGCAAAUUAUUUCAAGGCGAGAUCCAGUUACCGAACGAGAAAGGAGCAGCGCGGGUUGACUGGGCUGGGGGUGCAUCCCCUUCCAGGGCCGGGAGGACCCCCGGAAGCUCGUGCCGGGGAAAUCGGAGACCGUUGAUCUACCCUUAUCCCUGCCCGCACUUCUCGCUUUAUUCGGAGGACGAUCUGGAGCGCGAGGGAGCGGCGACAGCAUGAGCCGGUGCUGACCUCCGCCCGGAGGGCCAAGCCCUGGGCUUUGCCGCGGUACCUGUGCCCGGACCACAACUCUGUACCCAGCUUUUGCAAUCUUUUGUUGGCAGCGCUGACCGCUCUAAGUUAAAUGCUCCCUUGCUAUUUUUUUUGUCUGUUUGUUUAAAUUUUGGAGCCCUCUCGCGGUCUUGGAAAAGACUCAGACGCCAUCUACAGUUAAAACGUAGGUAACUACCCUCUCCGGCACCCCCCCUUCCACGCCCCCCACCCUUUCCACCAAAAAAGGGGGUGCAGCGCGGAUUCUGUCUGCGGUGCGGCGCGAGCCGGUACCCGUGCUUAUUUCCUUUUUCUUUUUUGUUUGGUUUCUAACGCGCUGAGACCAAGCAGCGGCCGUGCGCUCCCCGAAGAUUGCACAAACUACAGCCGGGCUCCUCCGCCCCGUCUGCGGUUCGGAAGCCUGCGUGGGGAUCGCUUCGGGAGACCCGGCGCUGCAGCUCCCCACCUUAGCAAUCUGGUUACUCGUCUAGAUCCACGCUGGAAGAAGAGAAAGAGAGAGAGAAACUAAAAGUGCGAAGAUUCUGCAAAUCGCUGGCGGCUUUGGGGUAACAAAAGGACCCGAGUUGCUUCCGACCGAGGACCCCCGGGAGCCGGGCUCGGAGCAGACAAGGUGCCCGGCGGCGCCCAUUUGGGGGCUUCUGACUCUUUCUCCACGUAGCCCCCUUCCCGUCCCCUCCCCUCUCGUUCCCUUUUAAAAUCCGUGGCACCGAGGCGCCUGCAGACGCACUCGCCAGCGACUCGUCUCUCCAGCGGGUUUUUUUGUUUGUCGAGUGCGACCCCCACACUCAUGAACAUACACAGGUCUACCCCCAUCACAAUAGCAAGAUAUGGGAGAUCGCGGAACAAAACCCAGGAUUUCGAAGAGUUGUCGUCUAUAAGGUCCGCCGAACCCAGCCAGAGUUUUAGCCCGAACCUCGGCUCCCCGAGCCCGCCUGAGACUCCGAACUUGUCGCAUUGCGUUUCUUGCAUCGGGAAAUACUUAUUGUUGGAACCUCUGGAGGGAGACCACGUUUUUCGUGCCGUGCAUCUGCACAGUGGAGAGGAGCUGGUGUGCAAGGUGUUUGAUAUCAGCUGCUACCAGGAGUCCCUGGCCCCCUGCUUUUGCCUGUCUGCCCACAGCAACAUCAACCAAAUCACCGAAAUUAUCCUGGGGGAGACGAAAGCUUAUGUGUUCUUUGAGCGCAGCUAUGGGGACAUGCAUUCCUUCGUUCGCACCUGCAAGAAGCUGAAGGAGGAGGAGGCGGCCAGGCUGUUCUACCAGAUCGCCUCAGCGGUGGCCCACUGCCACGAGGGGGGGCUGGUGCUGCGGGACCUCAAGCUGCGGAAAUUUAUCUUUAAGGACGAAGAAAGGACUCGGGUCAAGCUGGAAAGCCUGGAAGAUGCCUACAUUCUGCGGGGAGAUGAUGACUCCCUCUCCGACAAGCACGGCUGCCCAGCGUACGUCAGCCCGGAGAUCUUGAACACCAAUGGCAGCUACUCGGGCAAAGCAGCUGACGUGUGGAGCCUGGGAGUGAUGCUGUACACCAUGUUGGUUGGGCGGUACCCUUUCCAUGACAUUGAGCCCAGUUCCCUCUUCAGCAAGAUCCGGCGUGGCCAGUUCAACAUUCCAGAGACUCUGUCGCCCAAGGCCAAGUGCCUCAUCCGAAGCAUCCUGCGGCGGGAGCCCUCAGAGCGGCUGACCUCGCAGGAAAUUCUGGACCAUCCUUGGUUUUCUACAGAUUUUAGCGUCUCGAAUUCAGGAUAUGGUGCUAAGGAAGUGUCUGAUCAGCUGGUGCCGGAUGUCAACAUGGAAGAGAACUUGGACCCUUUCUUUAACUGAGCUCACGCCCCACAGUGACUUAGCAGGUACCAGGAGCAAGAGAGGGCAGUGGAGAGGACUUCUUCCAGGGAACACGUAUUGCCUGGUUGGGUAGCAAGAAAGACACUGACACUCACAGGCUUCUUGGUUCAAAGAAGGAAAACCGUCAAGGAGCUGACUGAACAUGUAGCAUGGGGACCAGAGAUGCGGGAUGGGGGCGGGCUCCGGGGUCCUGUCGGAUGGGCGGGAGCCCCCUGGAGCUUCUCUUGCCUAAUGGAGCCCCCCGGAGACUACCCCUGUCAGUUAGGCUGCUUCCGCCUACCCCACUUUCCAUUUUGUUCCAAAAUAGUUGCAGAUCCUGAUAGAAUCAAAACUCUCUGCCUCAAACAUACAUCUUGGCAUCGCACUGUUAGCAUUUAACUUCUUGUCAUGAUUCAGGGAAGGUACCAUUGGCCAAGGGUUUUUGUUUUUGUUUUUUUUCCUUUUUAAACAAGCCAACCACCUAUCUGAUAAUUCACGGGGUUCAUUUAAAAAAAAUUCGGUGCACACAGACUGACAUGAAACCUGGGUGCUAAAACUAAAAGAAAAUAAAAAUCCAUUUUGUGUCUCUUAAUUGCGUUCUUCAACUCAUUUCUUCUAAAUAAACUAUUGAAUAUCCUGAUCAGGAAAUGACAUGUUAAUACUUUGCUCCCUGAAGGGGGAAAAAAAUCUCUCUCCUUUAACCCACUAUUCUGUUUUGUGUCAGUUGGUUUAUGGCAGGAAGCUAUUAGAAGUCAAACUUCCAGAUGCAUUACGGCUAUCGUAGUUUAAAGAAAGAAAAAAGAGAGGAAGAUGAAAGGAAAAGAGAAAUUCAACUCCUUUUUUUUGUUUGUUUGUUUGUUUUUUGGUGAAUGAUGAGGGCUGCGUUACUGGCAUGCCUCUUUCCUGAGAUGAUAGUGUUAGUGUGAGAUCCUGGAUGCUCUCGGAGUCUGAAGCUUUUGUAACACUGAUCUCAACUAAACAUUUUGUCUUUGUUUUAUCGGCAACUAGUGAAACGAAGCAGGUUGUCCCACACGUAUAAAAUACAGGGCAGCUAUUGAGUUUUCUUUACGGAGUGUGAUCUCUUUUGGCUUGGAAGGCCCUCUGGUUAGGACAAAAAAACCUCAGUCGAGACAAGCGGGAAGGAAAAUAAGCUGAAAGCUAGGAUGAUAU